AUGAAGAUGACCGUCGAGAAUGAGAGUGGCUCAACGUUCUCCAUUGAUAUUGGUUUACAGGAUACAGUGUUAACGUUUAAACGGAAGAUCGAGAUGACUCAACGUAUUCCCGUUUCCAGACAAACAAUCUUCUUCCAAGGCAAGCUUCUUGAAGAUCAUCUUGAUAUCUUUGAGUGGGACAUCCUCCAGAACCCUCUUCUCCAUCUCUCCAUCUCUCCUGACGAUAACCCUACUCAGAACCAAGUCCCUCAAUCUCCAUCAAAUCCAAUUCAUGAGUUCGUUAAGAAUCAAGAUUCUGCUGAAGACAAAAAGAAUCCAGUGCUUCUUCAUCAAACAGGGAAACCUCCACUACCGCCAAAAUCUAGUCCUUUGACGACGGAGAACUUCAGUAAGAAUCAACAUGAUCGGCCUGUGAUCACGAAGAUGGUACCUGAGUUACUUGGCCCUCAAGGUACGUCGCCUGUGACGGUUGGGAGAAGAAGAAACAGGGAUCAAGAAGUUCAAAACAGAGUAUCUUCAUCGUCAGACUCAGUGAAAGAGGUCAUUAACAUUCCAGAUACGCCUGCGAGGAAGAAGACCAAGAACUACCCGUUGAAGAUAACAGUAAUGGUGCAGCCGUUUGAAGAGACCAGGAGGAUUCAAGUGGAGGUUAACGUAUUGAGUAACGUUGAAGUACUGAGGAAAGAGCUGGUUAAGAUGCAAGAGAGGGGUGAGUUAAAUCUGCCUCACGAAGGGUUUUUCUUUAUACACAAGCAGGAUGUAUUACGCGAAGAUCAGUCAUUCAUGGCGAACCGUGUUGCUCCCGGUGAUACGAUUGAGAUUUUCCAAGGAUAUGUUACCUAUACCGGCUCUCUACCCAGAACUGUUCGAAAGCUUUCUUCAAGCUAA